GUUUGGUAAUAAUGAACGCGAUAUUUUAUCCUUUACUCGCCACUGCUCUGCUGCUUCAGUCGUCUAGCGUGGACACACACACAGUGAGGGUACUGAACGGCUAUCCUCGUGCUCAUCCGAUUUUUGUAACUUUGCCUGGAUUGGCACCGUUCGCUCUCAACUACAACGACAUCAUCAAUGUGACAUCGCAAUUGAGUUCUACGACCCGUGCCACAGUUCAAGGAGGCAACAUGACCGUUCAGACUCAAGUGGAAGGAUUAGUGACAGGUGUCGCUGAAGGUUUCCUGGUGAUUGAACCUUCAGCAGGCAGUCAACAACUAGAGGCAACGUUCCAGACGUGGCAGGCAGAUACGAGCCAACUGGCCAGGAAUAAGUCAUUCUUAGUCAUUCGCAAUUCAUUCGAUGGAAACAACUUAGAUGUCAUCACAUUCUCUGCUCAAAAAUACUCUGCUGGCCAAACCGAAGGCAGCCUUGUGAGACUCGUCAACGCAAUGGGUAAACGAGAAUCGUACACGCUGUAUGUAUCUUCCGGAAGUUACCAACUCAAGAUUGUGCCAACUGGCAGCGUUAGCAACGUAGACGAUUUCAAGAACGUCGCGUCGCUUGUGGAGGAGUUUGACUUCCGAGCAGAGGCGGGUGAGAGGUACUACACGGCGGUGAUUGGAUUAUCCGGCUCUACAAAUGAAUACAAACCGAAAGUGGUUAGUGUGCCGCCUCUAAAACGGGCAACAAGCACGUCUGCACCUCUCACGCGUCUCUACGUGAUCAACGCCUAUGCUGGCUAUUCUAGCGUUCAGGUUAGCGUUAGUGGACGGUUGCUUUCACGGAUGCCGUUUGGAUCAGUGCAUGGAGAACUUCUCUAUCUAGCAAAAGGAAGCAGUAUUGCACUAGCAAGAGGAAAUGACCAGUUUCAAUACAAUGUCAUGGAGCAGGUGCCAUAUGCUGCAUCUGAUUGUAUCACAGUCAUCAGAGAGCCACAGAAAAAUGGCAUGCAGAUUCCAACGCCUCAUUUCGAUUGCCGACCCAGAGAGCAUGUCAACAAGGCAAAAGCACUGAUUUUCGUGUACAACAGCAUUUACAACAACACAGACGGAAUUGAUAUCAUUGCGUUGCCAAAAGCAGCCAACACAACCGUUCCACUGCAGUUCAUUGCUCAAGGGUUGCAAUCCAGAGGUAGCAAAACAGCCACUCUAGAUGCACAGCAAUACACAGUCAAGGCCGUGCCUUCAGGUACUGUCACAAGCAGGAGAGAGUUUGAAGCUGCGUCUUCGUUUAUACAACUUACAGACAUCUCACCACGAGGUGGCAUUCAUUACUAUAUUAGUCUGCAUGGUAUCCAAGGCAGCACAAACCUCAUCUACCAGAUUGACCUGUCAAGUUACCCGGAUAUUGUACAGAAGAGAAUCAAGCCUACUACAGGCGAGUUCAACACAUUCGUUGCAACCGAAUUCAUUGCAACCGAAUUCAUUGCAACUGACGGUGGUGAACAAGAUAGUAAGGGUGACGAUCAUAAUGUACGAUCUGCUAGUCUGUCAAAGUCUCCGUCGUUUGUAUUCUUCUUGAUCAGUUUUGUAGCUAGUUUCGGUAUCAGCGUCUUGGUAAACUAAACUGUCUUUUGUCCUCGUAGUUUGUGUUCUAUCUGUAACUGUCUGUGUAUAUUCGUAAAUACACUAAAGUUGUCUAUCAA